UUGAUAUUACUUUUUCUAGAGCGCUUUCUCGCUUGCUUGCUCUGCUUCCGAUAACAUUCCACAAUGUACUAUUUUCCAGCAAACUUUGUGAAAAUUGCAGUCACCUUUUUGCUUCUCAUGGCCGAUUUUCCUGCAUCUUAUGCAUUUUCUCUUUACGCUAGUGAUGAUGUGAUUGGAUCCACAAGAAGAGAAGGUUGCCAGGGAUGUGAGAGAUUAAUGGAGGAAAUAAUGAAGGACCACCAUAUCCAACCCUUCCGGAAUCUGAGAUCAAGAGAGGGUAGACGGUCUCCACCACCACCACCAAUCAAAAGUAGACAAAAAGCCAUGAAAGCGCCUCCUCACCGUCUUGCAACUCCUCCUCCUCCUCCGCUGAUUGUCUGAUUAAAUUAUUUAUCUUUACGUUAAUUUCCUUGUAUUACUUUCUUUAAAAAACCAAAAAACAAAAAACAAAAAAAAAUUCUUCGUUUUAUGCAUUCAUGCCAUUAAUCUCUUGGUUUGGUUUGUAAACCAUACUCUACUUGCUAUUUUAUUUUUUUCUUUUAAUAUGCUUAUUAAAUAUAAUUUUUUUGGAGACCAGAAU